GCAGAGAUGCAGAAACUAAUAACUUGGAGAACUCUUGCAGUUCCAAUAAUCCUCUUGAUCGAUCAUCGACCAAAUUCAGACCUCUACCCACAUUCACAUGUCCUUGCCUCAAUAUAACCAUGUAAAUUCUUGUAGGCUAUAAUGUAAAUAAUUAUGAACAAAAAGCACAAAUAAAAAAAAGAAACCAUCUUCAGCGUUUGAGGACCAAACGCCCCUUGCGUUAAAAGUAAGCGAAAGAAAGGACCAUCGAUUAAAUCGGUAAAAUGGGGAUCGAGACCGAGGAGCCAACCUGCGAGGCCAGACUGAGGCAUGUCAAGCGAGGUGAGCGUCGCGUGGCCGAGAUGGAGUGUCGCGUACGGACGUUACGCGAAAAGCUUUGCAGACUCGAGAAGUUGCUGCCUCAGAACGAUUUCGUCGAGCGACCGAAACUCGAUUGCACUGCAAACGACAAAGCGGAGUAUAAAAGAGAAACGGACGACGCGGCAAACGUCUGUCCCAUCGACGAGAUAGCCAGGAAGGAGAAGUUUUUACGCAAGGAGAUCUACGACAUGGAGUGUACCGAGAAGGACUACAUGCGCCAGAUAGCUGAUGCAAAAAAUAAAGCUGUCACCGAAGAACCGAAGACCAGUUCUACCACAAAGUGUGGCACGUCACCCAGGAAAAAUCGCGAAGAAAUCGCGAAGGAGAGACUCUCUCUGCUAGAAUGCUACAGUCAGAGGCUGAGCAGCAACUUGCAAACGCUGGAAAGAAAUCACGUAGGCUUGACGCAGGAGAGUCACAGACUAUCUCAAGUUCUCGAUGAAACGAGAAAGGACUGCUUCAAGAAACAGGAGGUGAAGAAAGACACUUCGCCAUGUGGCAAGAGGGAGACGAAACCAGAUUCACCGAAGAAAAUAGAACAGAAUGUUGAGUGUUCUUGCAAAGUCCUUCCAAAGUGUGAUAGCUGUAUAGUCUGCUGCUGCGACGAGUGGGAACGUGACCUGGAAACCAGUAACGAAGAGGAGGAGCCUGUGAAGAAGUGCGACAGCGCAAAGAAAACAAGCGUUUCAACGAAAAGAACGCCUCGCACAAAGGAAAAAUGCAACUGUUACGAAGAUGCUGUAUCUUCGUCGUCGGAUUCCGACGGUCCCUGCGAGUGUCGGAAGGUCCAGUGUAAACCCGUAAAGAAAGUCAACUGCUGCAAUUACGAAGACGUGGACGUUGAAUCUUUGUCUUCGAACGAUUCAAGCGAUGUCCAAACGUUUUACAGCGAACAGUCCAAGUAUACCUGCUUUUGCAGCCGGAAUCAUUCGCACGAAGAGCUAACGCUGGAAUCGGAUAAUAACUUUGUACCCAACGGCACGAUGUAUCCAAAAAGCACGAAAACCGAGAGAUUCUGUGGUGCACGGGAUAUUGCCAGAGAAAAAAGCACAGCUCUCAGUGUCCAGAGAACGCAGAAAUUAUCGGCCGACUUUCCUCGCGUACAAAACUCAAUCGUAGACCAGCUUAAGAUCGUCAAAGUCGACGAGCUACGAGAGGGUCUGGAGCGCCUGAAGAUCCGCAACCGCAACCUUAAGGACUUUCUUCAUUCGCUGGAGAACCCGAUGAAUCUCUUCAGCAAACCGUCUGAAGUUUUCAGUACCACUUGUACCGAGGUUUCCAGUAGCUAUACCCUCGAUCUUGUCGGCCAGUCUCACAGUGGCCUGCUGAGUGUCGUCAAAGUUUUGGAGGAUAAAUGCCGGAGCAAAGAUGCCAUCAUCGUUGCGUUGGCGGACGAACUGAAGACUAAUGCGAGCAAGAAGCUACGCCUUAGAGGAAAAGAGUUGACGAACGAUCGAACAAACAUCUGGAAAAGCUUGUCCAAGAAAAAGAACGGCAGAAGAUUUACGAAGAAAGACUCUGCCAUAGGCUUUUUGGUGUUCCUUCUGAUUCUGGUAUCGCACGUCAAGAGGUCGGAGAUGAUAUCGUACUUGUCCGCUGUAAAAAAAAUUCUAACAGAGUCGCCCUUCCGACUAAUCACCUUUAUCAACGAAUCGGAGAAGAUUUCUGCGGAUUAUGUUUCAGCUAUUCAAUCCAGAUUCAGUGUUUUAACUAAACGCUUCGUGACAAGCGCGAGCUUCAGUUGGAGGAGUAUGCAAAUAUGGCUUAGCGAAUUAUUAAAACUGACAGUAAUAUUAGCCGAUUCGAUCUAUGUGCAGCUCAACGCUCACAUGCUAACAGUCGCAGAGUUUCUCGUCGCGAAUCAGGUCUACAUAGUUUCCACGUCGUGUUUGGUUUGCACAGUGUGGUUCGUCAUCAAAUUUCGGAAGUAUCUGACAAAUCGCGCGAGGAACUUCAGUUUCACACCAAACUAUCGAUUUUCGAAAUUUCACAAAUCGGUGUUGACCGCGUACACAGAAAUACUCAGAAUGAUCCAAGCACGUCUACUCUCCUCGAGAAUCUUCUGGCUAAUACUGGGCUUCUGUGGCCACAUACUCUGGAGCCUGGUAUCAGCCGACAUCAUCGGACGCAUCAUCUACGCGCAUUAUCCUCGAAACGAGGAAGAACUCGACCAGCAAACCCUGCAAUUAUCCGAAGUCGUAGACGCCGCGAGCUGCGAAUGCGAUCUGUACCAUCAGCUUGUGAACUACUCUUGGCUCUUCUCGACCAUGUGCUCGAAGCUCCAGACCUUCAUCGAGUUCACGUCUUACGUCCUACAAAACUUUCUCUGCGACGAGACGGCCGUCAUCUAGAUAUAGAUACUAAAAAUCGUCAAUGUGGUACGUUUUCUUGUAUGAAUGUAUAGGUGUAUUUUUACUUAUGCGUGUAAAUUAAGAACGAUUUUUUGUACAAAUAAAGACUCGUGAAGACGUUUAACGAAAGUA